AUGACCAACUUAUAUAGAGUAUUGGAAUUAGAUACAAAAAAUAGACAAAAUAUUACUAAAGCUCAAAUUAGAGAAGCUUAUGUAAACUUGGCCUUGAGACAUUCAGAUAAAGGAGGUGAUAACACAGCUUUUCAAGAAAUAAGCAAUGCAUAUAGAGUUUUAUAUGAUGAAAAUAAAAGAAAACAAUAUGAUGCAGAUAAUGACACCCAGGAUAGACAAAUAAUAAUUAUUAGCCAAUUAAUUAGCACAAUAGUAAAAAUGGAACCAGAAUUUUUGAAAAAAAUAGCCUUUAUUGGUGGUGGUUGUUCUUUAGUUUUAGGCUUCGUCUCUUUAUUAGCAGAAGACGAUUUCACUCUAGGUGCUAGACUUGGUCUAGCAGUUUCAAUUGAAAAUUUUAAAUAUGAAAUAUUGUCACUUGUUGAUAAAAAUCAUAGAAGAGAUGUUGCUCUUUAUUUAGAUCAAAUAAUCGAAAAUAUUAAAUCACAAUAA